AUGACAAAAGUAUUUGCUGGAAGCUAUCUGCUAAACAUUAUAGAAAUGCAGGAAAGACGAGUGAAAAGUGGUGAAGGGGACGUGUAUACAGAAACAGUGAAAGGGGUAGACGAUUUUUUCAACGGCAUAUGUGAUGAGGGAAAAGAAAGGAUGAAGCUGAGAGAAAUGAAAAUGGAAGCUGAUGAAACAUUUGGUGAUUGGGUGUUAAGAUUAGAAGCUCAAGUGAAAUUCUGUGGUCUGCCAGAAGAACAGAAAACUGAAGAGUUAGUGCAAGCUGUGUUGCGACGUUCGGUUCCCCAGAUUGCCGAAAAAUUGUUUGAAAUGGCAGAUUUAUUUGGGAAUGAAUUGGACAAAUUAGUAAAGCAUGGUAAACACCUUGAUUUCGUAAGAAUGGAAAAGAGAGAGAUAGAACAAAAGCUUGCCAAAAGCACGACAAAAGAAUUUACAGAUAGCGAUAAUUAUGUAGCGGCAGUGACUUCGUGGAGAACGAAAAGGGAACGAUAUGAGCCGUACGAACAACAACAAAACAAGAGACUAUCGGGAAUGCAUCCAAACGGUUUUCGGAACACGUAUAAUAAGGGAGCAACGAAAUGCUCAAAGUGUGACAAAAUACAUGGCUGGGGGAAGUGUGGAGCAUCCAGAUCAAAAUGCUUCCGGUGCGGUGCCAUAGGACAUCUGGCAAUUUGUUGCAGAACCAGAUUGGGAUCAAAUCGAUUUCCAAAUGUGGUGAAGAAGCAGACCGAGGACAUUAAUCAGUUUUCCGACGAACGAGGAAGGCAUGCAGUAACCGACGAUCCAAGGCGCAUUAACUGCAUGAUCGGAAAUGUGCCUAUCAUUUUCUUACUAGAUACUGGGGCAUCGGUGAACACUGUUACUGCUGAGAGUUGGUGGCAAAUAAGGACACACGCCCAGUCAAGUGUGCGUGAAUGGCAGCCACACCCUGAAACAACGCUGCGGAGUUAUGCGAAUAGUGCAGUUUUGGACGUAGAAUGCUCAUUUAAAGCAAUAAUAUGUGCAGGUGGAACUAAUAGAACUAUGGCAAAAUUUUUUGUGGUAAAGGGAGCUGAAAUAUCCCUGUUAAGUUUUAACACAGCAGUCAGCUUAGGUUUAGUAUGCAUAGGACCUGGAAAGCAUUAUAUGUUGCGUAACAAAACACAAGAGACGACAGUAAAGGAUACAUUUCCUAAAUUGAAUAUUGGUGCGGUGAAAUUUAGAAUAGACAAAACAGUCACACCCAAACAAAUAAUACGUUAUCUAUAUAUAAAUUUUCGUUAA